AAGACUCUGCAGAUGGAAAAGAUCAAGGCCCGUUUGAAGGCUGAGUUUGAGGCACUGGAGUCAGAAGAGAGGCACCUGAAGGAAUACAAACAGGAGAUGGAUCUCCUGCUGCAGGAGAAGAUGGCGCACGUGGAGGAACUCCGACUGAUCCAUGCUGAUAUCAAUGUGAUGGAAAACACCAUUAAACAGUCUGAAAAUGACUUAAACAAGUUGCUAGAGUCCACCCGGAGGCUUCAUGAUGAGUAUAAGCCGCUGAAGGAGCAUGUGGAUGCCCUGCGCAUGACAUUGGGAUUGCAGAGGCUUCCUGACUUGUGUGAAGAGGAAGAGAAACUCUCAUUGGAUUACUUUGAGAAGCAGAAAGCGGAAUGGCAGACAGAGCCUCAAGAACCUCCCAUACCUGAAUCCCUCGCUGCUGCAGCUGCUGCUGCCCAACAGCUCCAAGUGGCUAGGAAGCAGGACACACAGCAGACAGCCACCUUCAGACAGCAGCCUCCGCCUAUGAAGGCCUGCUUGUCAUGUCAUCAACAGAUUCAUCGAAAUGCACCUAUAUGUCCUCUUUGCAAAGCCAAGAGUCGGUCACGGAACCCCAAAAAGCCAAAACGGAAGCAAGAUGAAUGAAGAGAAGGUGAAGGGCUAGACCUUUGUUGAUCAUAAAUCCUCCCAUUGGCCAGAGUGAUAGAUGUCCUGAUUUUCUAAAAAAUACCCCUUCCUUCUCCUCUUGAGUCUUCUAUUUAAUUUUCUGGAAGAAGAACACCUCUCUCUCUUUGCUCUUCUUUCUUUCUGCUCUUGGGAUAUCAGGUUCAAGAACAGCUGUGGUUUGGGUGCUAAUGACUGGGUCUCAUGACCCCUUCUCUCCCUCUCACAUCUCAACUACUGUGCUGGUUUGGAGGUGACUGAGGGGUAAAGGCCCUGAUGGACUCUUUCUCUUGCUCCCAAGGACUGGAGCCUAUUGGGCUGCAGGGUGUACGGACUGGAGGAGGUCCAUAUCUUACUUUAAGAAAAGGCCUCAAUGAUGUCCUUCCCUCUCUUUUUGCCUUAGGUUCUGAAAGGACAACUACUUUAUUUUUGCCAGACUUCCCAAUGGGCUGAAUCUGUG